GCCGACGGCGGGGAGGUGCCGGGGUACCGCUGCGAUGAGUGCCAGAAGGACAUCAAGCACCUGUCCAACUUCCAGGAGCACCAGCGCAUCCACACGGGCGAGCGGCCCUUCCAGUGCCAGGUCUGCCGCAAGCGCUUCACCCGCUGCGCCGACCUCAUCAAGCACCGCCUGGUGCACUCGAACCGGCGGCCCCACCGCUGCCGGGCCUGCGGCAAGCGCUUCAAGCUGCCCGGCGACCUGGCCAAGCACAGCAAGGUGCACUCGGCCGAGGCGCCCUUCGCCUGCGAGACGUGCGGCAAGCGCUUCAAGCGCACCUCGUGCCUCAUCAAGCACCUGCGCAUCCACACGGAGGAGAAGCCCUUCCCCUGCCCGCACUGCGGCAAGCGCUUCAAGUGGGAGGCCUCGGUGAAGGAGCACCAGCGCAUCCACUCGGGGGAGAAGCCGUUCGGCUGCGACGCCUGCCCCAAGCGCUUCACCCACUUCUCCACCUUCCUGCAGCACAAGAGGAUGCACCAGAACCGGCGCCAGUUCCGCUGCCAGGACUGCGCCCAGGCCUUCAACCACAAGUCCAAUCUGCUGAAGCACCAGCGCAAGGUCCACGGCUAGCAGGGGUCCCCGCAGCUCCCUGGACGACUCGAGGGCAGUGGGGGUUUUGGGGGGGGGGUCAGGUCCUGCGUGCCUCUUCUCCACGUGGCUGGGUGACAGUGGCUCUGCUGGGUGCGGGUGCUGUAGUGCCAUGGCUUCCACUCGGUGGUACCCCACGCUGUGGGAUCUGGUUCUCCUCGAAGCCUGACUCGUACGUGGCUGCACACAGGCUGAUCCGAUUGCUGGACUCUCCUGGUGGUGGCUGGAUGAAAGGCUGAGAAGAUGCUGCGACCCACCCCAGCUACAAGGAAGGACAGAGCUUUGAGUACUCGAGGGGCGGGGAGGGGUGUGAAGAGCUGUCUCUUGCCGAGAUCUUAGUCCCAUCGAGCGGGGGGCUGCAGACCAGCCUGUGGCGGUGGCACAGGAGCUGGUUACCGCUCCAGACUACGACCUGUCGUUCUACUGUGCCUCGCUGCUCGGGCAGCAACGCCGCCUGCCAGCUGAGCAGGAGACGUGGGCGCGUCGUAUCCGAG